UUUACUAAUGUAACGACAUGCUAGCGCUAGCGUUAGCGUCAGUGGACGUGGACGUGGACGUGGGCCCCUGAGCAGCAGCGAGCUGUCAGCUGAGCUCUGCUUCACGAGUAGAGGCACCAAAAAGAGAGAUACGAAGACCGCUGAAAGUAAAACAGUGAACGUCAGAUAGUUAGCCUAUUACUUGUCCAACCGGCUCACACAUCUACCCCUAAAUGCACAUGGCACGGGGUCGUUCAGCCUUGUUAUGGUAUCGUGUUCGUGUGUGAGACACCGGGCAUAACGGCGCUGCCCGUUUAGUUUGACACAGCUUCCCGCAGGAGGAACCGAUCCCGACACCCGGUUAACGCGAUGCACUCUGCAGCGUUGCACAACUUGUCACGACGAGUUUUGAAUUGUGCGCCUUAAUUUGGUGUUGAGUCUCAGUGAGUGUCUUAAUUAAUCUGACACUGGAGGGUUUAUACGAAAAGUCGCAGUGUGCAAAGUCGAAAUUCCGGGAGGUGUAAAGGCUGGUAUUGAGUGUAAAGUAAGGUAACCUAUCCAGCUUUUGGUUAAAGCCUGGGGAUGUCUUCAUGAGCCAACACCAUCUCAGAUCAAGCUCCAUCCCUAGAUCUUGAUUGCUCUCUUCAGCCAUGUCGUCACGUGUGUUGCUGCGGCAGCAGCUGAUGCGAGAACAAGCCCAGGAGCAGGAGAGACGUGAGGCCCAGCAGCAAGCCUCUGCCUCUCAGCUCCGGGCCUCUGACUCCACUCCAGCCAUCUCUGUCACACUGCCCCCGAAUGCUGCCCGCCCCCCUCCAGCACAGGUGCCUGUGGAGGUGCUGAAAGUGCAGACCCACUUGGAGAACCCCACCAAGUACCACAUCCAGCAGGCACAGAGGCAACAGGUGAAGCAGUACCUCUCCACAACUCUGGGCAACAACGCGGUUUCUCAGACCAUGGGUCUGUCGCCUGUGCCGCAGUCCAGUUCUGCCCCUGAAGUUGCUCACACUGCCAGCAGUGUCCCUAACAGUCCGAUGGCUUUGCUAAACAUCGGAUCCAACAAGGAGGAAAUUGAUGAUGUGAUCGACGACAUCAUUAGUCUUGAAUCCAGUUUUAAUGACGACAUCAUUACGUUGAUCGACUCAGGGCUUCAGUUGCCUAGCACGCUCCCAGGAAAUCUGUUGGAUGUGUACCAUAGCCCUGGAAUGGCAACAACUACUCUCACUGUCAGCAACUCCUGCCCAGCUGAUCUUCCACAAAUAAAAAGGGAAAUUACUGAUGUAGAUGUCAAAGCAAUAAUGAAAGAAAGGCAGAAGAAGGACAAUCAUAACCUCAUUGAGAGGAGGCGGAGAUUCAACAUCAACGACCGCAUAAAGGAGCUUGGUACUCUGAUACCGAAGACGAAUGACCCAUAUCACAAUGAUGUCAGUGAGAUGCGCUGGAAUAAAGGCACCAUACUGAAAGCCUCCGUGGACUACAUCAGGAAGUUGCAGAAAGAACAGCAGAGAGCCAAGGAUAUCGAUAUGCGUCAGAAAAAGCUGGAGCUUGCAAACCACAGUCUAAUGUUACGCAUCCAGGAGCUGGAAAUACAGGCGCAGCUCCACGGCCUGAGUCCUGAUCCAUCUCUGCUCCAACAGCAGCAGGUCCAACACAGCGGUCCGUCUCUGCCUCCCAGUGCAGACGGUGUCUCCUCCCAAAACCUCCUCAGUAUGGGCGGGGCAGGCAUCGGACAUCCUCUGCCAGCCUCCUUCUUGUCCCCACCCUCCUCGGACUCCCCUGCAGGAGUCACCAUCAGCAGCCCCCUGGACCUGGGCAGCCUGAGCUUCGCCGAGCUAGACGAUGCCUCGGCCUCGGCACUCUACCCUGACGUGGGCUUGGGAGACUUUCUCAUGGACGAGGGGUGCACCCUUUCUCCAGAGAGGAUGGCUGAGCCGCUCUUUUCCCCCUUGUCGCCAGGUGCCUCUAAAAGCAGCAGUCGCAGGAGCAGCCUUGAAAUGGACGAGGACUUGUGAUGAGCGCCGUGUGGCGGUCAGAAACUGACUGGAGGGACAAAAAUGUCAGGAAGUGCAGUCUAUCCUUAUAUAACGUCAGUCUAUUAAUAGGACUGUAAAUUUGAACUUAUAAAAAGCAAAAAUAGCUUACAUUAAGAUCAAAACUAACAUGUUCUUCUUGAUUAUUUUUUUAAUUCCUUUGCCGUACAGGCCUAAUUAUUAUUGUUCCUGUUUGGAGCUGGUCAGAUGAUUAUGUCUGGGUUUAUAAAUGCAAUCUUAUUAAAAUGAAAUAUUGUAUCAUAGGGGCAUGGACUUAGCAUUAAGAGAUUUUUCCAUUCUUAUUUAGUUUUAAAAAAAUUCUUCAGAGAUUUAAGAGGGAUAUAUGUUUUGCUUGAAUUUAUUAUGUGCUCAUUUAUAGGGAAGAAAGCUGUGAGGUUUGUUUUUUCACAACAACACUGGCAUAAAAAAAUGAUUAAGAGAUGCCAACAUACAGUAUAUUUUGUUUUGGUUUUCUUAUUUUCUUUUUCAACUGACUGGAAUCAGGGUUUGUUAAGAGCGGUCGCAUGCUCAUCCAUGUUGGGUUGUUUCACCAGCAGCUACAGAAGGGAUCUUUCUAAAGUGAAUUGGCACAUUGUGAGAUAUUUACUGCAUAUUGUAUAUAAGAAUAUUUUAUUUUGAGCAAUUUAAUUGCACCUUAUUUUAUGGCAGUCUAUGCAUUUUAUGAUAGCUUUUGUCUGUUUUUAUUACUAUCGCGCACAGUGGACAGCCGAUGCCCAGGUUGCAUGUAUUUGUAAUACAUUUUAAAAGCAAUGGAACGUUCACUUGCUGCUGCAGCUAGUUGGCCAAAGCAGGACUUCUUCCAGAGUAGCUACAAAUUGCAAAUCAGCGUUUUAUUUUUGAAUAUAUUCACUAAGUCAAUGGAAAUGCAAGACAGUAUGUGAGAUGCAGAACAAUUUUACAACAGUACUGUAGUUCAUUACAUUAGUUAUUUUGAUACCUGAAUAAUAGUUUAAUAAGUAGUUUCUCCUGGCUAAUAUCUGUGUCGUCAGUGAUUGUCUCUAAUCCUUGGCGGCCCGUCACUGAGUGAUUUUACUGACAAGCAUGUUCUACCAAGAUUGUGGCUUCUUUUUGGGGUUUUGACGAUCAAAGCUGAUAUAUCUAAUAAUGCGUUAUUGCUCAUUGUAGUAUGAACUCAGAGGGCUUUGGCCUUCUUUUAAACCAACCACUAGCCUCACGUCUGUAAUGAUAAGGUUUAACUGUUUGAUGUGUGAAACCUGCAAUGCAAUUAUUAUUCAAUAAAAUAGCCACAAAGUUUUAGAAAGGCAUUUAAUUUUGUUCAGAUGCUUAACAUGACUUUUUGUACAGUAAAUGAAUGUCUGUUUGAGAAAGUACCUGCAUAAGUGAAGUUGUUUUUGUUUUUUUUGUAAGACUGGCGCACUGACUUUUUUUUUUUUCCCUCCAUAACAACCUCCAAGUUAUCGAUAUACAUACAUUUUCUAACUAUUCAGCAGCCAAAAAACAUCUUUGCUUUUUGGUGGGGAUGGUGGAGAGAGUGAUUUUUAAGGUGUCCUGUCCUGGUCAUUCAGAACUUCUGAACAGUUUGUGAGCUAAAAGCAGCUCUUCACCAUAGCUCAGUGCUACUAAUUGCGCUGUUUCGUAGUCCCAUCAGACUAAGUACAUAUAUAGCCGGCUUUUUCCACUCAUAGUUAAUCGCUCUCCACGAUAUUAACCAUGUCUUACCCUGACAUAUAUUUGAGUGCUAACAUUGACUGUUAACCGUAAACAGGUAGCAUUUGUGUCUUGUCCCAAGUUGGCUUUCGGGAGAUUUUAACAAAUAAAUGAUUCC